CUACGUUGUUUCUCUCUACCUCUCUCCUAGUCCCCCCAGUCCCCCCAUAAAUACUCUCACCACCAAUUCUAUCCACCACCAUUGUGCAGGUCCGGGUUGGCAGCAUUCUUUAUAAAAGUUUUUUGGUUUUCUUAGGGGUUUUAUCGGAUACUGUUUCUCUUUCAUUAAUCAUUCCUUUUUGUUUCUGAUUUUUAUUUUCUUGAUUUUUUUCGAUUUUUUUAUUUUUUUUUCCCUCAUUAACAACAUGGUCUCUUUCUCUUGUGAAGUCUGUGCAGACAUUGUUAAAAAACCCAAGUUGGAUCAGCACGUUUCCAGAUGCAGAGGUGCUUAUUUCACCUGCAUCGACUGCAACACGACAUUCCAAGGAACCGAAUAUCGUGCUCAUUCUUCGUGCAUGACAGAAGCCCAACGCUACCAGAAGUCUCUUUACCGUCCUACGAAAAAAGAAGCCAAAAAGCUGGCUGCUCAAAAGCAACAAGAAACGGGCACCACCAACAGCAAUACUCAAAAGCGUAAAGCCGAGUCUGAGAAGGAGAACAGUGCUCCGGCUUCUGAAAAAGAGUCGAAGAAGUCCAAAAAGGAUGAUGACUCUAACAAGACCGACAAGCCUGAAAAGUCAUCUAAGGAUAGUAAGCUUUCUUCUCGUUUUGCUGAACUUUGUUCAGAAUCGGAUGUUUCUCUGUACAAGCUUCUGAAAAAGCUGAACAAGAAGGAUAAGGAUGGCAAGAAAAUCGACUCCAAGACUGUCUUGGAGCAAUUAGUUGCUAAGAAGGACUCUAAGGGUCAAUUGGUUAUUUCAUUCGCAAAGUAAGCUUUAGAUAACAAAAGGUUAAUAGAAAGUAAAAGGCAAGGCAUUAGAUAUCAAAAGUGUGUUUCAGAUGGUUGGAACAAGGGGACGAGGCGUAAAACUAGGAGAAACAGAGCCUAAUUACUUUCGCCAGCUUGCGCCUUGAAAUCUUUCUUCCUUCCUUCCUUCCUGAAUGAGGAGAAAUGUCCACCCACCCACAGCUGUACUACUUACUACUACCUUUCUCCUUGGUAACAAUCAGUUUCUCCUAUUUAGCUCCUUGGGCAAGAAUGAACUUCGGGCAAAAUAUUUGACACUGCACUCGACACAACGCAAUAUCCCCCAUAGCUAAGACACUCGGAAAAAUACAAUGCACAUCAUCUCCGCACAGUUACUCAUUUCACUCCCUUCAUCCCUCCCUCAUGAAAGCUAUUUUAAAGUCUAUAUUUUUCGUUAAACCAUCCGUGCUCACAAUGCCCGUCUAUAAGAACGACGGGACGACCUUUGUGCUGCCAUAAUGGUGGCAGAGUACACAUGGUCAUGCAGUCAAUCCAUGCAAAAAGGAACAUACGAAACAAGUUAAAAGGAAAGAACGGUAAGCCAAGCGUGCGUGUAUACGAGAGGCCUGUCAUCACGAGCAAAACGGGAGAAAAAGAAAGAAGAACGAGCCAACCCGUUAACCACAGCAUAGCCGCCCCGCUUGAUGUAUGCACAGUCGAGUAAAAAAAAUUCAUCAAUUGAGUGUGUGCAGUAUAAACAUGAAAAAUUCAACUGCAGAAAAGCACAAAAAUAUGCAGCCUUAUAGCUUAUCCUCUAUCCCGUCUAUAUUAACAUCGAAACGACAAGAACGCCGACACAUGCACAGCGCGCGCCGUCAAGUUAUGUUGCUUAAUCAUCGUUGGUCUCAGUAGUGAACUCGUUCUCAGACUCCUCAACAGGAGGUUGGAGGACCUGGAUCAUACCCUCUGGCUUCAUGCCCUCAUAGGCAAUGCGGUAGACAGUGGUGAAAAGAGGGAACUCCUUGACAAGGUCACGGCUGGUGAGAAGCUCGUGAACGUCAGCAGCAGUGGCAGCACCUUGGAGGACUUGACCACCCAAGAGCUCCUUCUCGAGUUGUUGGAGGGACUUGCCAGUCUUGACGAAAGCCUCGGCGCAACGGUUGUUACGACCACCCAAGCAAGAGGUAACCAAAUCGGCAAUACCACAAGAUUGCUCGACCAUGGUGCGAGGGUCACUGUCAAAGAACAUAGUAGCGAACUUUUGCAUCUCCAACAAACCACGACGCAUAAUAGCAGACUUGGUGUUUCCACCCCA